CCGAGAGCUGGCCAUUGAAUUUAUUGUCCACUUUCGAAUCGCAUCUUCAAAAAUGUCAAGACGCGUUCUACAACCUCAGGCGAACAUAUGCCAAUUCUGCGAUUUUAUGAUCGCUCAAAAGCCUCUUGUUAGACCUCAAUUUCGACCACAGAGAUCCGUUUACCCCACGCGAACAUUCUCAACUGGUAGGAGGAUAUGUUCUCAGAAACCGUCAAAUACGAGCUCAUCGACCUCUCGGGGAGAAAAAGAAGCUGUAGCCUCGACUUCUAGCCAAGCACAGAAGGUUAACAGCACAAAAAGGAGCGUUGUUGAGCUGGAGAAUGCAAUUGGAGAAGUCAGACAGACAUGCAAUUCUCUCCUAAAUCUCGAAAGGAUCCCGUCGGAAGGAGACACCUUAUACGUCCUUGGAAAAUGUGAAGCAAUGGCCAAACUUAUUACUCUCGACGAUACGAUUCCUGUGAAAUCAGGAAGAGACGGUGCCGCAUCUGCAUUACUUUCUCUGGACGAGUCUGAUCCCAAAAGAAUAUCAGUUGCGAAUAUAUCCUCGGGCCUCCGACAAAUGGCAGAUGAAUUGUCAAAUCUUGCAUAUGCUGUUAUGAAGUUCCCACCGGUCUUCAUAUCACCUCAAGUUUUGCAGCUCUACGUGGAGAUACAGGAAAUUUUAGGAAAGCCAGAGACACUUCCAGAGGUCCUCCUUCUUUAUGCCAGCAAACCAUUCCCCCAAGAGGGAUCCUCUCCAAUUCGAUACAACAAACAGAACCCCAAUAAAGUUGCAAACGCCGUUCCAUUGGCCGUUGCGGAUCAUGCUCUGCAAACAGCCAUUCGUGCGAAGAAUCUGACGGCUGCCAUGGACAUCAUUGAGAUGUCAUAUUGCACAAAAGCAUUUCAUCGUGCUAAAUUUGUUCGGAAAGGGCUUCUUCCAGCUACCGGUCUUGCUGUUACUCCUGUUGCAGCCUACAGUCUUGCUUCUCAACUGUCCCUGCUUCAAACCACUAUGGACUCCGCUAUGGCUACCCAGGUCGCAUUUGCUGGAAUACUGGCCUAUGUGGGGCUGACUGCAACAGUUGGCGUUGUAGCUGUGACGACAGCUAAUGAUCAAAUGGAUCGUGUGACUUGGGCUCAGGGUGUACCAUUGAGAGAACGAUGGAUACGGGAGGAGGAAAGAGCAGCAAUCGACAAAGUUGCUGGCGCCUGGGGGUUUCGCGAGAUAUGGCGAAGAGGAGAAGAAGAGGGAGAAGAUUGGGAUUUGAUUAAAGAAUGGGUAGGUAGAAGAGCGAUGAUGCUAGACCGUGUAGAGCUUAUGGCCGGGAUGGAAUAGUUGUUUGUGUACAUUACAAAUCGGCGACUGGCUGAUCAUUAAACCUAAUCCGGCGCAGCACUUUCCAUGUCCGAGUACUCGUUCAUAUUUACAAAUGAUCCUGUACUUAGGUUCGAAGAGAUGAUUGUUUAUAUGGCCAGAAACGUU